AUGUCCGGAGCCAAGAGUAUCCAAUAUUCUCUUUCGGAGCAGCAGCAGCAGCAACAAGAUAAUGUUGGUAGUGAUCAUUAUCCAGAUAGGAAGAACACAACAGCUCGUCUUUACCCAAAAAGAAAAAGAAAGCCACUUAUAUGGAAGAAAAAGUCUACUUCGACCUCUACACUCUCAUUGCCAAGCACUACCGGUACGAUCUCUACGCCCUUUUCGUCUCCUCAGUUAGCGAGUACAGAUCAUUUGCCACCAACCAUCAUCAUUGCACCUGAACCAAAUGAUCCUUUGCUAAAAUUCAAACCUAUAAAAAAGGAUCCCAUGUUAUGUAAGCGGACUGUCAAUGGUUCGGACGGAUCAGAGCCUUCACAAUAUAAAGCAUCCAGAGAAGCCAGAUAUAAUUUACUAACAGAAGAAUGGAAACAAAUUGAGUUGGUACUAACACCCACUUAUAUCACGACCUAUUCAUUUUCUACCUACUUUUGGCCAAAACGAAGAGUCGAGCAUCGAAUCUAUUUGGAAGGCUCAAAAAAGCCAAAGAAACUAGAGUUACGACUAUUAUCACCUUUGGAUUACACUUUUUCUUUAAGAUACCAACAUCAGGCAACUAUUUCCAAAUCAUCUUUAAAAAAAUCGUCUUCAUCACGUAGAAUUAUAACAAUGAUAUUCAAGGCAAAGUCCUUUUUGAAAUGUCAAGAGUGGUAUAUGAAACUCUAUGACAUGUUACCAGCUGAAAACAAACGUCCUAUACCCAAAUAUUGUGAAGUCUACUUACCUACAUUAGAUUUGACUGUCCAUUUACCAUUAACAGACGACAAUCGAAAACAUAUGACGAUGGAAGACGUAAAACAUGCAAAUUUACUUCAUCACUUUGUACCUCACGAUCACCCAUUCAAUGAUACCAUGAAUGAGGACGAUUAUGGAUUAUGCUGGACGUUAGGUGAUCGGAUAGAAUGGAUACAUUGGACGCAUACACCUGCUCCAGUGCAGCCAUUGGCCACAAAUAAUAUCAUAAAAGAGCAACGGCGGAUGGAUUGGGCAGUGUCUCCCCAGAUUAUUGAGCAAACGCAUCGCCUUGAGCUACGAAGAAUCGAACAUACACCAAAUGACAUCAUUCUCUCCCGAGAAAAGAACUUUAUACUUAAAGAGCCUCCUCCUAUCGAAGGAUUCUUG